AUGGCUCCCCCUUCUAAACGGAUGUCCGACACUUUCAGUGCCUACCUUCGAGAUGUCAAGCAUAUCACCGACCACACCGCUGAUCCUGCCCAGAUCCAUAUCGAAAACUUCAUAGGCUAUACGCGGGUCCCUGUCGGGCUGGCAGGGCCCUUGGACAUUCGCACCCUUCACGGUGAGACCCAAAGCAUAUGUGCUCCCAUGGCCACGACGGAGGCAGCCCUGAUCGCCAGCUGCAGUCGGGGCUGCAAAGCGAUAAACGCCAGUGGCGGGGUCGAAUACAUCCUCGGCCGCGAGCGCAUGUCGCGGGGCCCUGCGUUCCAAUGCGUCAGUCCUCACCACGCCCACGAAUUCAUCCAGAUCCUGGCCUCCGUGCAAAACACCCUCUGCGAGAUGGCUGAAUCAACCAGCAACCACCUGAAGCUGGUGAGCCUCACCCCGCACCUCAUCGGGUGCUACGCCCACGUGAUGUUCUACUACACCUGCGCCGACGCGGCCGGACAGAACAUGGUCACCAUCGCGACGCAGCGGUGCUGCGCCUGGCUGAUGGAGACGUAUGCGGCGCAGUACCAGAUCAAGCGCGUCUCGUUAGAUGGACAAAUGGCCUCGGAGAAGAAGCCCUCGUGGGGCAACGUGCAGACCCCGCGCGGCGUCGAGGUGACGGCGUGGGCCCGCCUGUCGGACGCAGCCUGCCGCGACGUGCUCGGCUGUUCCUCGGCUCUGCUCUGCAAGACCCUGGAAAUGGGCCAGGAUGCCUGUAUCCGCAACGGGAGCCACGGCAACAAUAUCGACGCGGCCAACGUGGUGACGGCUAUUUUCGUCGCAACCGGCCAGGAUAUCGCCUGCGUUGUGGAUUCUUCGUGGAGUCACUUGAGUAUACUCUACGACCAGGAUACCAAGGACCUGACCGUGAGCUUGUACUUCCCAACCCUUACCGUGGGGAUCCACGGGGGCGGCACCUCAUAUGAGACGCAACGAGAAGGUCUGCAGAUCAUGAAAUGUUCUGGGUCGGGGCUGAAGGGGCAGUUUGCGGGAUUCAUAGCAUCCUUCGCGUUGGGGUUAGAACUGAGCACUGCUGCGGCUUUCUCCAACAACACGUUUGCACGGGCCCAUCAAACCUUGCGGAAGGGCGAGUCGGCCAAAUUGUGA